AUGUAUUUAUUUUUGUACAUGCUUUUACUGUUGGUACUAAAUAAAUCUCUAUCAUGUUACGCCACUAAAGAAAAUCCCGGACGUAGUGGACGUGCCGUGGGUCAUAGCGAACAAUAUAUCAAACAGAUAUUUUAUACCCAUGCGAACUGUGUUCAUACGGAUUGGGCUUGUAAUCAGGAGUGUCGCUUGGAAUAUGUAAAUCGUUCUACCGGAUUAUGCGUCUCACCAUCUCCAACGGAAACUUGCUUCGGAAUACCUAUCCGCUACAAUUACACCUUUGAAACUGCUAAUGUAAUGACCGUAUUGUCGAAAUAUGAAGUUCUUAGCAGAUUCCCACGAUGUUGGUCAGCAUUGGGACCUUUGUUAUGUGCGGUGGCUUAUAGGCCAUGCUCUAACCGAGCAUAUUUUGAAGUUUCGAUGGAUGAGCCGGGCAAAAUGGAAUUAUGGCAAGUGUUUCCGAAGGAUAUGUGCCAACAAGCAAUUGAAAAAUGUGAUUUUCUCUUGGAAAACGGCUUCUGGCCUAGUUUUGUGAACUGUUCAGAUACUAUCAAGUCGAAGGACGGAAGACGGAUUUUUUCGGAUGGACCUUGUGUGAUGGCUUACAACAAAGAGCCUGCAAAGAUGGAACCAAAGCAAUGCUUGUGGCCUUUAGCUAUUGGAAUAAGUCAUAGUAAACCGAUGGCUCGAUCGCUUAUCGAUGAUUGUUAUCUUCCAUGCAGGUCACCUCUAAUUAGCUCACAGUGGAUAUACGAUGGUUUCAGGACAUUAAUUUUUUCGUUCUCUUUGCUUAUUGUUGUUGGUGGUUUAGUUUGUACGCUUUAUUUAUUCAUUUUCUCACUUCUCUUUACGAGUGAUCUUUGCGUUUACUCAUUAACCCAUGCACUCUUAAGUGCAUCCAUUCACUGGUUCAUAUGGUUACUAAGUUAUGCUGAUCGAGUAGCAGAGCGUGCAAUGUGUUUCGAUACGUUAAGGCGUGACGCAAAGGUUUUUAGGGGUUUAUUAGAUUGGUGCAGCGUUCAGUUUUGGCUUUUAUAUACCACGAUAUUAUCUGGCUUCUUUUGGUUACUGAUUGCAUUAGCAAUUCAAAUCGUUCGACCAAAACUCAGUUCUGACCAAACAGUCAAAUGGAAUAAGCGUAACAAUCUUAAUUUGCGUUGUUUUUUCCUUAUUUGUUAUUUGCUGGCUGGUUCAUUGGCUGCAAUUGCAUUAUGGGCAGACACUAUUGAAACAGAUGGUAUCACCGGUGUUUGCUAUUUCGGAUUUCACACAGUAAGAAGUGCUGCAAACUUCUAUGGUCCCAUCAUGGUCACUUUUAUAUUGUUUUUACUUGCGAUCGUUUAUUUUCGCAAUUGUAAUGAAGACGGGAUAAAGAUCGAGUCUUCAAAUGAUUCGGAAAAACGAGACCAAGUAGCACUUGUUAUGGACCACGUUAACGAUGAUAAAGAGUUAUUUGAUUGUAAUCAUGCUAAAAAAAACGGCUUCUCACAAAUGUCUUUCUUUUGGCGAGGCUUACUGUGCAUUACUACCAGCCUAUCGUUUGUCGCAGUUGCAAUACUGCUUCACUACAGCUUUUUUACAAGUGCUAUUUCGGAACAAGAAAUUAUUAUGGAUUCCAUAAGAUGUUCUUUGAACAAAACAGUUAUGGAGGGGCAGAUAGGAUGGUUACAUGGAAUAGUGCGUGAUUUAAAAACGGAUACUUUUUCGAGGCGAGCAUCCAUCGGUAACAGUUUUCUAAGCGCCCCUGGUUGCGAAUUGCCACCAAGUGUGGAUGAUCAGUUAUUGCCUAUAUUUCUGGUUUAUCUUUUCUUCCCAUCACUUCCAUUUGUCACUGUUAUCAUCUACAUGUUGGCUGGAUUCUGUGGGUAUGGGAUGGUUGGUAUUGAAAAAGUACGGAACAAGUUCAAUCCGUUUAUUUUGGUGAAGUACUCAGAAUUCGCACCAGUAACGGGAAAGCAACAGCCUGUCGAUGCAAUGAUUACUAGUACAUCUAAUUCCCCUAGUAAAAUGGGUCGAUCGCAAGAAGUUUCUUUAAAAAAAUGCGAAAAUAUUGCACAGUCCGAAAAUAACGAAGAAGAAUCUCGCGACAUAUUUCCUACAAAUUUGAAAAUUAGGAGAUUGGAUGUAUUACAGAGGAGUAGAGAAAGACGGCGCCAAGCGGAAAGUGGGUAUUUGUUUUUGAAACCAACGGAUUCAAUUCAAAUGACAACGUCAACCUUUUCUGCUUAUCAAAACGGACUUAUCGAAGGUCAAUGGCGUGAACGAUGUGUAAAUUACGAGAAGCAGAUCAAGGCACUUUCGGCUAAUUUGCGCGUUGCGGACCAUGAAAUACGACGAUUAGCUGGUAUGGAAAUGUCGGAAUCUAUGAUUACAUCAAACCGAAGUCCAUUGGUUUCAACUAAGUUCAGGUUGCACCAAAGUCCAAGGAAUUUGAGAAAUUUGGUCGCUGCUAAUGCGGAUCAUUUAAGCAAUUUAUGUACCAAAAACGUGGAUCUUUCUGAGAAACCUGCUAAUUUACAAAAUGAAAAUCAUAUGGAAAACAAAUCUCAUAUCGACGAAGGAAAUGGAACGAUAUGUCAGGUCUCAUGUCUAAAACCUCAAACUUUUUUUGGUGUAUCGGCUGCACAGGGUCCAUCAGAUGAGACUACAGAUGGUCGUCAUCUUUCGGAAAGUUGUCAUGACAGUGACAGUUUCAAUUCCGAUGAAGAAGAUUCUGAAGAAGAAAGAUUGUACAAUGAAAAAGUAAGUGUAAAUUUUCAGGAUUAUUUGCUGAGUAUAAGAGAUAGAAGUUUCAAUGAAUUAUCCAUGUAA